UUAACAAUCGAUGGUGUGAAUUUGGGACGAUCGUAUCAAGACGUGGUUGGUGCGGUGACAGCAGCGAAUGUUAGAUGUGAUGUGGAUCAGGAUUUGUAUCAGACUGCAUCUCGAAUUGUUUGUCGCACCAGAGCCAGCCCAGUCCAAAAGACGGCUCGAAAUCCGAUAAUCAUCAAAUUGAGAGAUGAACAUAAAUACACAGCCAUAUCGAAUGAAAGCUUCAUGUACGUCGACCCACUUGUGACUAGGAUCGAACCAUUAAAAGGUAUCGCUUCAGUUGUGUUGCUAAUAAUACCACCCUCACAAUUCAUUCUCAGUCCGUCUUGGUUCUCUUAA